UUGAUGGAGUAGAGUACACAAGGUAAAUAUGAACCCUUUUGGGGGCCACCAACGACAACCCGACAAGUUCAGUACAAAUAGUGAGCUGAAAGGGAAACGUUGGAGCACUGAGAGCAGGGAAUACCCCAGAAACAACACGAAAAUGAUACAAAUUAUGAACUGGUUUUCAAUGGCCAUAGGUCUCAUUCCGCUGAAUCGCCAGCAAUCGGAGUCCAAUGUGAUACUCGACUAUGCGAUGAUGCUGCUGGUGCCCGUCUUCUAUCUGGGCUGCUACUUUCUGAUCAACCUCACGCAUGCCUUUGGCCUGUGCUUCCUGGAUGCCUGCAACAGUGUGUGUCGCCUGAGCAACAACCUAUUCAUGCAUCUGGGCGCCUUCCUCUAUCUGACAGUCACCCUGAUGAGUCUCUAUCGUCGCAAGGACUUCUUUCUGCAGUUCGACGAGCGGCUGAACGCCAUCGAUGCUGUCAUACAGAGGUGUCGACAUGUGGCCGAAAUGGACAGGGUAAAGGUCACGGCGGUGAAGCAUAGUGUGGCCUACCACUUCACCUGGCUGUUCCUCUUCUGUGUGUUUGCCUUUGCCCUCUACUACGAUAUCAGGGCACUAUAUCUCACCUUUGGCAACUACGCUUUCAUCCCCUUUAUGGUAUCGAGUUUCCCCUAUCUGGCCGGGAGUAUCAUCCAGGGCGAGUUCAUCUACCAUGUGUCCGUCAUUUCGCAGCGCUUCGAGCAGAUCAACACAUUGUUCGAGAAAAUUAACCAGGAGGCCCGCCACCGACACGCCCCGCUCACCGUGUUCGAUAUCGAGAGCGAGGGCAAGAAGCAGGAGCGGAAGAACCUAACGCCCGCCACGGCCAUGGACUCGAGAGGGCCAUCGUUUGGCAAUGAGCAAAAGUUGUCCGGCGAAAUGAAACGUCAAAUGGCCGCUCCACCGCCUCCGCCACCGCAGGGCCAACAAAAGAACGAGGAGGACGAAAUGGAUAGCAGCUAUGACGAGGACGAGGACGAUUUUGAUUAUGACAAUGCCACCAUUGCCGAGAAUACAGGAAACACUUCCGAGGCCAAUCUGCCGGACCUGUUCAAACUGCACGACAAAAUCCUUUCGCUCAGUGUAAUAACGAACGGGGAAUUCGGUCCCCAGUGCGUGCCCUACAUGGCUGCCUGCUUUGUGGUCAGCAUUUUCGGCAUCUUCCUGGAGACCAAGGUGAACUUCAUUGUGAGCGGCAAGAGCCGCCUGUUGGACUACGUGACGUACUUGUAUGUCAUCUGGAGCUUCACCACCAUGGUGGUGGCCUACAUCGUGCUCCGGCUGUGCUGCAACGCCAACAACCACUCGAAGCAGUCGGCCAUGAUUGUCCACGAGAUAAUGCAGAAGAAGCCGGCCUUCAUGCUGAGCAACGAUCUCUUCUACAACAAGAUGAAAUCGUUCACCCUGCAGUUCCUGCACUGGGAGGGCUAUUUCCAGUUCAACGGCAUCGGCCUGUUCGCCCUCGACUACACGUUCAUCUUUUCGACCGUGAGUGCCGCCACAUCGUAUUUAAUCGUCCUGCUGCAGUUCGACAUGACGGCCAUCCUGCGGAACGAGGGCCUCAUGUCAUAAGGGGACACGCAGGCCCACAGGCACGCAGCCCUAUAGCCCCGUAGCCCUGUCGUCCUGCAGCCCUGUAGUCCUGUAGCCCCGUAGAUUCAAUUAUCGAGCAUCAAUUUUAAUUCCAUUAACUUUCUAGCACCAGGAAUGUACGUUUUCCUUUUUGUUAAAACUAUCUAUAAAAAGUAUUUUUGUGGAAAACGUCAAAGAGCGAAUACUCUAUAAAAGUGAACGAAAAUGAGGGAAGAUUGGAGAAUGGAGAUUGCAGAAGAGGAUAUUUUUAACAGAAAUGAUAUUAGUAGACAUCGAAACCCUGGAACAUCUAUUCUGCAACGGCCUGGCUCUCUCACGAGGG